CCAGAUGUCAAUUUAGUGGAAUGGCAGUACGAAGUGUCUAAUAUUCAGCUGCAUCAAGAAUUGAGCUAAGGAGCACCAGACGAUCCAUAAUGCGAACAGUCUAUGCUACCUUACGUAUACUCAUGAGUCUGGCAAAUGAGGAAAUUAUUUACUCAAAGUGGAAACGGGAAACACUAAUCGCUCAACCUCAAUGAAAAUUUGCUUAAUUUAUGGAAACGCAAUCAUGGUGCUACUUGUAUUUGCCACUUGUCGGGUUGGGUAGAUUUCAACACGUUACGAGUCGAGCCAUACGGUUAUGGAGGUGGUUGAAAUGAAUUCGUUGGACAGUAUAGCGAAGGAUGCUCUCAUUCGAACAGUAAUUGGAGUAUCGAUUCGAACAACAGCAGUCACCAGCGACUCGUAUUCUCACGAAUUGAUCAUCAAGAAAGUUAUUCCGAAGAAUGUUGCAGUCAAUCUGGUUCCUCUAUUUCUGUAUGCCGUUCGUUGCGGCAGUUACGAAUUGCUCCUACACACCUUGCAACGACUGCAGUGAAUCUGUGGUCGAUUAUCCACGACAAUUUUUCGAGAUGUUUUUUCCAUCAUAUCUCAAUCGUUCUGUGAUGCCUCUUACUGCAAUUCGAGCGAAGCCGAGUGAACUGGCGAACAUUUCACUCCGCCUUUACAAAGGAACAACCUUGGAUAAUUACGUGGAAGAGUUGGUUAGUAAUGCGGUGAAUCUCUUAAACUAUCUCAAUAGUAGCAAACCGACAGUUAUGUAUGUUUCUGGCUGGACCGAGACUCCAGAGUCUAGCAGUGUUCUGGCUGUCGUUGGUGCAUACUUGAAGCGGUGCGAUCACAAUGUCGUACUCGCAAACUACCAGGAUAUCGCAACAAGGUCGUAUCCCUUUGCCGCGCUGAGCGUUCCUGGAGUCGGUUACACCCUGGCGCAAGCAUUUAACGAGCUGGUGAAAAACGGCCUGGAUUCUUCGACGCUCCACGUGGUGAGCCAUUCGCUCGGAAGUCAGGUCAGCGGGUUUUUCGGAAAAUGCGUCGACUUCAUCGUGCCAAGGAUCACAGGCUUGGAUCCAGCCGGUCCCGGGUUUGACAUGAUGAACGAGAACCUGGCAUCUGGUGACGCCAGGUUCGUUGACAUAAUUCACACGGACGCUGGAAUCUACGGCACUGCAAGUAACAGGGGGGAUGCCAACUUUUACCCGAACGGUGGUAAUCGUUUUCAGCCUGGAUGCAAAUUUAGUCUGCCAUACAGCGAUAAUGGUAGAGUAUCACAGUUACUACCCCGAGAUGAAACUUCACUGUAUUCGCCUACAAAUAUUCUGCUUUCAGACUUCUGCAGUCAUCACAGAUCCUGGCAAUACUUCACCGAGUCGCUUGAAUCAGAAGAUGCCUUCGUCGGACAGAAAUCCAAAUCAUAUCGGAGUUUCAAGUCAGGUUUUAGCUGGGGUGUAGUCGCAGUCAUGGGAUAUGGAACGCCAACAACAGCGAACGGAAAAUUCUAUCUUCAAACCAAUAGCGCGUUUCCGUAUGGUCGAAGGUACAAGGGCUUGACGUACGACGCGUUGUUUUAGGCCAACGCAAUUUUAGCCAAUGGACCAUCGACACGGGAUUCAUGUGUAACAAUUAUCGCG